AUGAUCGAUGCGCUUGUAGGGCUGAAUAAUCUCACUGCCGUCAUUCGCACCGACUCCGAGACGCUGGCUGCCUAUGUGGUCUCCUCAACAUACGCCUCCGCAGCGACUGGACUAGACUCGCGCAUCGCCAAAGACGUAGAUAGCCGGGGGAAGAGAGAGCCAAUAAGACCGGAACCUCAUGGGAAGAGCGAUGACCAGGACGCGGGAUCGUGGACCUUGACCGUCGGCAGCGAGCGAGGGUGGUGGGGCACCACGCUCUCGCCUGGCCCACUUGAGGAAUUCAUCGAUCGGCACCGUCAUACAGUUCAAGACCAUCCCGGCGACUCUCACCGCGACAAGCUCGCCUGCAAGAUCAGCAACGCAUUUGCACGACAGCGCAUCCUAUGUGGCGUUCCACGCUCCUGGCAAGGCGACACCACAUGGCCUUCGAUCCGACUCUACUUUGACGCCGAUACGUCGCCGAUCCAUCUGGACCUCGAGCAGCUCUCUCUCAAAGCCGCUCUGCUCCACAGCACACGUCUUGUACUCUCUACAGCCCCACUCGCAAACUUGCCUUCUGGAAGCUCAUUCGCACAGCACCAACUGCAGCGUAAGCUUGAGGCGACGCAGCAGGCUCUGCGCGAAGAGCGGCACAAGUAUCGCUCGCUUCUCGCCGCACCUUCGGCGGCGGGGGGACGACACGGAAGGCGGCCCGUAGUGGGGCUCGGAUCUAGCCAGCGCUCGAGUGCGUUGCCCUCGUCAUCGCCCAGCUCGGGCUCGAGAAGCUACGGCGGAAAUGCGCCGAGCUCGGACGAUACAAGCACAGUCUCGAGCCAGCCAAGCAGGAGAGGGUGGCAAAGAACGCUGUCGCUCGUCAAUCCCACGCGAGUGCAGAGAGCCGACCCAAGCGAAAAUGACGACUUUGUAGGCGAUCACGACGACGAUGGCGAGCUCGACAUGUAG